CUCAGGUGGCUGGUUCGGUUGCGUGUUGCUCCCAGGCCCAGGCCCAGGCCCAGGCCCAGGCCCAGGCCCAGGCCCAGGCCCAGGCCCAGGCCCAGGCCCAGGCCCAGGCCCAGGCCCAGGCCCAGGCCCAGGCCCAGGCCCAGGCCCAGGCCCAGGCCCAGGCCCAGGCCCAGGCCCAGGCCCAGGCCCAGGCCCAGGCCCAGGCCCAGGCCCAGGCCCAGGCCCAGGCCCAGGCCCAGGCCCAGGCCCAGGCCCAGGCCCAGGCCCAGGCCCAGGCCCAGGCCCAGGCCCAGGCCCAGGCCCAGGCCCAGGCCCAGGCCCAGGCCCAGGCCCAGGCCCAGGCCCAGGCCCAGGCCCAGGCCCAGGCCCAGGCCCAGGCCCAGGCCCAGGCCCAGGCCCAGGCCCAGGCCCAGGCCCAGGCCCAGGCCCAGGCCCAGGCCCAGGCCCAGGCCCAGGCCCAGGCCCAGGCCCAGGCCCAGGCCCAGGCCCAGGCCCAGGCCCAGGCCCAGGCCCAGGCCCAGGCCCAGGCCCAGGCCCAGGCCCAGGCCCAGGCCCAGGCCCAGGCCCAGGCCCAGGCCCAGGCCCAGGCCCAGGCCCAGGCCCAGGCCCAGGCCCAGGCCCAGGCCCAGGCCCAGGCCCAGGCCCAGGCCCAGGCCCAGGCCCAGGCCCAGGCCCAGGCCCAGGCCCAGGCCCAGGCCCAGGCCCAGGCCCAGGCCCAGGCCCAGGCCCAGGCCCAGGCCCAGGCCCAGGCCCAGGCCCAGGCCCAGGCCCAGGCCCAGGCCCAGGCCCAGGCCCAGGCCCAGGCCCAGGCCCAGGCCCAGGCCCAGGCCCAGGCCCAGGCCCAGGCCCAGGCCCAGGCCCAGGCCCAGGCCCAGGCCCAGGCCCAGGCCCAGGCCCAGGCCCAGGCCCAGGCCCAGGCCCAGGCCCAGGCCCAGGCCCAGGCCCAGGCCCAGGCCCAGGCCCAGGCCCAGGCCCAGGCCCAGGCCCAGGCCCAGGCCCAGGCCCAGGCCCAGGCCCAGGCCCAGGCCCAGGCCCAGGCCCAGGCCCAGGCCCAGGCCCAGGCCCAGGCCCAGGCCCAGGCCCAGGCCCAGGCCCAGGCCCAGGCCCAGGCCCAGGCCCAGGCCCAGGCCCAGGCCCAGGCCCAGGCCCAGGCCCAGGCCCAGGCCCAGGCCCAGGCCCAGGCCCAGGCCCAGGCCCAGGCCCAGGCCCAGGCCCAGGCCCAGGCCCAGGCCCAGGCCCAGGCCCAGGCCCAGGCCCAGGCCCAGGCCCAGGCCCAGGCCCAGGCCCAGGCCCAGGCCCAGGCCCAGGCCCAGGCCCAGGCCCAGGCCCAGGCCCAGGCCCAGGCCCAGGCCCAGGCCCAGGCCCAGGCCCAGGCCCAGGCCCAGGCCCAGGCCCAGGCCCAGGCCCAGGCCCAGGCCCAGGCCCAGGCCCAGGCCCAGGCCCAGGCCCAGGCCCAGGCCCAGGCCCAGGCCCAGGCCCAGGCCCAGGCCCAGGCCCAGGCCCAGGCCCAGGCCCAGGCCCAGGCCCAGGCCCAGGCCCAGGCCCAGGCCCAGGCCCAGGCCCAGGCCCAGGCCCAGGCCCAGGCCCAGGCCCAGGCCCAGGCCCAGGCCCAGGCCCAGGCCCAGGCCCAGGCCCAGGCCCAGGCCCAGGCCCAGGCCCAGGCCCAGGCCCAGGCCCAGGCCCAGGCCCAGGCCCAGGCCCAGGCCCAGGCCCAGGCCCAGGCCCAGGCCCAGGCCCAGGCCCAGGCCCAGGCCCAGGCCCAGGCCCAGGCCCAGGCCCAGGCCCAGGCCCAGGCCCAGGCCCAGGCCCAGGCCCAGGCCCAGGCCCAGGCCCAGGCCCAGGCCCAGGCCCAGGCCCAGGCCCAGGCCCAGGCCCAGGCCCAGGCCCAGGCCCAGGCCCAGGCCCAGGCCCAGGCC